UCCUGAAGAGUGACCGUGUGGCCAAGAUGGUCCAGAGCGGCGGCUUCUCGGCCAACGAUUUCAGGGAAGUGUUCAAGAGGCACAUCGAGAAGCGUGUGCGCAGCCUCCCGGAGAUCGACGGUCUGAGCAAGGAGACGGUGCUCAGCUCCUGGAUGGCCAUUGACACCAUCUACCGUGGCGAUGAGGAUCCUCGCAAGGCGCAGCAACGCAUGACUGCCAGCGCGGCUUCUGAGCUGAUCCUCAGCAAGGACCAGCUGUACGAGAUGUUCCAGAAUAUCCUCGGCAUCAAAAAGUUUGAGCACCAGCUGCUGUACCAGGCUUGUCAGCUUGACAACCUGGAUGAGCAGGCUGCACAGAUCAGAAGAGAGCUGGAUGGUCGUCUUCAGAUGGCAGACCAGAUUGCCAGGGGAGGUAAGUUCCCCAAGUUUGUGUCUAAAGAGAUGGAGGCCAUGUACAUUGAGGAACUCAAGUCCUCAGUGAAUCAGCUGAUGGCCAAUCUGGAGAGCAUGCCAGUGUCCAAAGGUGGAGAGUUCAAGCUCCAGAAGCUGAAACGGGGACACAAUACCUCCAUCAUCGACAUGGGCCAAGAGGACGAGAACACACUGUCCAAGUCUGAUGUGGUCCUGUCCUUCACCUUGGAGGUGGUGAUCAUGGAAGUGCAGGGGCUGAAAUCUCUGGCUCCGAACAGGAUUGUUUACUGCACCAUGGAGGUGGAGGGAGGCGAGAAACUCCAGACCGACCAAGCAGAGGCAUCCAAGCCAACCUGGGGGACCCAAGGGGACUUCACCACCACACACCCUCUGCCUGCUGUCAAGGUGAAACUGUUUACAGAGAGUACAGGAGUGCUGGCACUGGAGGACAAAGAACUGGGCAGGGUCGUCCUCCACCCAACUCCCAACAGCCCCAAACAGUCAGAGCUCCAUAAGAUGACUGUGACCAAGGCUUGCCCUGACCAAGAUCUCAAGAUCAAACUGGCCAUACGUAUGGACAAACCACAGAACAUGAAACACUGCGGGUAUCUGUGGGCUUUUGGAAAGAAUGUUUGGAAGCGUUGGAAGAAGCGUUUCUUUGUCCUCGUGCAGGUGAGUCAGUACACUUUUGCAAUGUGCAGCUACAGAGAGAAAAAAUCAGAACCGCAAGAGCUUCUCCAGCUGGACGGGUAUACUGUGGACUACAGUGACCCCCAGUCAGGCUUGGAUGGUGGCAGGGCUUUCUUCAAUGCAGUGAAAGAGGGCGACACUGUGAUCUUUGCCAGCGACGAUGAGCAGGACCGCAUCCUGUGGGUCCAGGCCAUGUAUCGCGCCACUGGCCAGUCCCACAAGCCCGUCCCACCCACUCAGGUCCAGAAACUAAACUCCAAAGGGGGUGCCUCAGCCCAAAUGGACGCCCCCAUUUCUCAGUUCUACGCUGACAGAGCUCAGAAACAUGGCAUGGAUGAAUUUAUCUCCGCUAACCCCUGUAGCUUUGACCACGCCUCGCUUUUUGAGAUGGUGCAGCGGCUGACAUUGGACCAUAGGCUCAAUGACACCUUCUGCUGCCUGGGAUGGUUCAGCCCAGGCCAGGUGUUUGUCCUGGAUGAGUACUGUGCAAGAAAUGGAGUUCGAGGUUGUCACAGACAUCUGUGUUAUCUGCGUGAUCUCCUGGAAAGGGCAGAAAGUGGGGCUAUUAUUGACCCCACUCUUCUUCACUACAGCUUCGCUUUUUGUGCCUCCCAUGUCCAUGGGAACAGGCCAGAUGGGCUGAGCACAGUGAAAGUGGACGAGAAAGAGCGCUUUGAGGACAUCAAGGAGCGGUUGCGUGUGAUAUUGGAAAACCAGAUUGUAAACUUCAGAUACUGUUUCCCCUUCGGUCGUCCAGAGGGUGCACUGAAGGCCACUUUAUCUUUGCUGGAGAGGGUCCUGAUGAAGGACAUCGUGACCCCAGUUCCACCUGAGGAAGUUAAAGGAGUAAUCCGCAAAUGUUUGGAGCAGGCCGCCCAGCUCAACUACCAGCGGAUUAAAGACUAUGCUAAAAUCGAAGAGAACGUAGGCCGCUUAGUCACGCCUGCCAAAAAGCUGGAGGAAACAAUUCGCCUGGCGGAGUUAGUCAUAGAGGUCCUCCAGCAGAACCAGGAACACCAUGCGGAGGCAUUUGCGUGGUGGACAGACCUCAUGGUGGAGCACGCAGAGAACUUCCUGGCCCUCUAUGCCAUCGACAUGGAUGCCGCUCUGGAGAUCCAGUCCCCUGAGAGCUGGGACAGCUUCCCUCUUUUCCAGCUGCUCAAUGACUUCCUCCGGACAGAUCCUCAUUUGUGCAAUGGAAAGUUCCACAAACACCUUCAGGAUCUGUAUGCUCCUCUGGUGGUUAGAUAUGUGGAUCUGAUGGAGUCCUCCAUCGCACAGUCUAUUCACAAGGGCUUUGACAGAGAGUCCUGGGAGCCUGUAAAUAAUGGCUCUGGGACGUCGGAGGAUCUCUUCUGGAAGCUGGACGCCCUCCAGACCUUCAUCAGGGACCUGCACUGGCCCGAGGAGGAGUUUGCCAAACACCUGGAGAGUCGCAUCAAGCUCAUGUCGAGCAACAUGAUCGAGAACUGCGUCAAGCGCACCAGGAUGGCAUUUGAGUCCAAGCUGACGAAGAGCAGCAAGUCCACAGAUUUCCGCAUUUCUCCAACAUUAUGCACCAUGUUCAACGUGAUGGUGGAUGCCAAGGACCAAUCAGCUAAACUGUGCGCUAUGGAGAUGGGCCAAGAGAAACAGUUCCACUCCCAGAUAGAUGAUCUGAUCGAGGAGAGUGUGAGGGACAUGAUCCAGCUUCUGGUUGCAAAGUUUGUUGCCAUUCUGGAGGGAGUGUUGGCUAAGAUUUCCAGAUACGAUGAAGGCACUCUCUUUUCCUCAUUCCUCUCAUUCACGGUGAAAGCUGCCUCAAAAUAUGUGGAUGUACCUAAACCCGGAAUGGAUGUAGCCGAUGGCUAUGUGACCUUUGUGCGCCACUCUCAGGAUAUGCUUCGUGAUAAGGUCAAUGAGGAGGUGUAUAUAGAAAGGUUAUUUGAUCAAUGGUACACUGCCACCAUGAACCUGCUGGGGACCUGGCUCACUGAACGCAUGGAUCAGCAGCUCCACGUCUACCAGCUGAAGAUCCUCAUCAGGAUUACCAAGAAAAAGUACCGGGACUUCCGCCUGCAGGGCGUCCUCGACUCCACCCUGAACAGCAAGAUGUACGACACGGUGCGCAACAGGCUGACCGUGGAGGAGGCCACUGCUUCAGUGAGGGAAGGAGGCAUGCAGGGCAUCUCCAUGAAAGACAGCGACGAGGAGGACGAAGAGGACGACUAGAGCCCGUGCACUGACACUCCAGCUCCUCUGUCAGAAAACCUCCCCUUCUCACCCCGAAACCUCCCUCCCCUCCUCACACUUUUGACUUUAGCCUGGUUACUGAUGCAUGUACCAACUCAGAUAGCCACUCUAGGACCUCUUUGUCAGCUCGAAAUGCCUAUGAAGGAACUAUUAACUUUAAAAAUAGUACUUAUACUGAAGAAAAAUCAAAAUAAAAAUGUUUAAAAAAUAACCAUGAUUGGCAGUUUAGCUGUGUCAUGAUAAAGAUAGCACCUAUCUUUGAUUCAUUCAUUUCUAAAUUCAUUUCUAUGUGUUACUAAGCAAUAUGGAGAACCAUUUGUUUGACAAUGUUGAGUGAGAUUAAUAGGUGUGUCCCUGUCCAAUGCAAACCUAUAUGGCGCUUCUUUGUCGUAUUCUACAUUCAUUAAUGGUACAUUGUCGUGAUGAUGAGUGUGUGGACGCUUUUCUUUGUCUUGUCCGUUUUUAAGUGAAUGCCAACUGCUUCAAACUGAAAAUAAAAUCCUCUGUAUUUGUUUACGGCUGUUCCAGAUAAACUGUUGUCUACUCACUGUUCUUAACAUCGACAGUAAGUCUAGACCUGCAUUUUUAUCAUGUGUCAAUGCUAUGUGAUCUCAUCUCAAUUACUAAUUAGACACGAUUCAACAGGAAUCUUGAACUUCAACAAGUGGGUAUUCUAGAGAUGCAAUAUUCUCAUAGCUCCAUUUUGAUAACUUGGGAGAUUCUAUUUUUAUUUCAACAUUAAAAAGGCCUUGAAACAGGUUCUAUUUUAAUUGAGUUGCACUUUUACAGAGAAAAGAGCAAAAAUAUUUUUUUUUUAUUAUAAAAAAAAAAGUUGGUCUGUCUUUGUUCUGUAAUUGUGUAGAAUGAGAUGUCUGGCAUUUGUUUGGGUCUCACUGUUGUUUUGUAUAUAUUCUAUAAAUAUAUAUAUAAAUAUAAAAUGCUGUACAUUGCAUUCUGAGCCAUCGCUGCAUGCCCGUGGGUUCCCACCCUCCCCAAACGCUUUCUGUUUUCUGUGUGAAUUAGCUGGUGGAUUCAUUCUUGCUUUUGCCUUAUGAAAGCCAACAGUUGUAAUAUGCAAGAGCUGUGGCCUCUAAAUAAAAAUUAUUGUACAUGUG